UCACAUGGCUCACCCACUGACAGACGACAGUUUAUGUUUAAAAGGGUGAGAAAUUGAUAGGAGUAAUAUUGAUUUGGCGGGUAUUUUACACGAAUUUAAGAGAUAACUAGUUGACAUUUUUGUUGUGAAUAUGGAUAUUGUAAAACAGUUUUCUAUUCAAUGUUUAGUGACAAUUAUUUUGACUUUUUGUUUGAUAGAAGAGACUAAUUCGUGCUUUAUUCGGAACUGUCCUCCGGGUGGGAAAAGGAGUAUGGAUACGUUAACAAGAGUUUCAAGACAGUGCAUGUCUUGUGGUCCAGACUUAAGUGGACAAUGUGUUGGACCUGAUAUCUGUUGCGGGCCAUUUGGAUGCUAUUUGGGAACAUUGGAGUCUUCGAUAUGUCAAAAGGAAAACGAAAGCACCCAUCCAUGUGAGGUACAAGGUGACCCAUGUGGGAGUCGAGGUCAGGGAAAUUGUGUAACUGAUGGUAUAUGCUGUGACUCUGGUGCAUGCUCUUACAACGCUAAGUGCAAGACAAAUAGCAUGAAGGAUAACCAAGCCAUACUUAAUGUUCUUAAUGAAUUACUCCAAUCACGUGACUUAACGGACAAAUAAGUAAUGCAGCAUCAAUGUCACGUGAUAUUUCUCAAAUAUGGUUCGUGAGAUUAAAGUAUUUGGAUUUUAUUCAAAGUGUUUUAAAGCGUUUUCCUGUUAACAUCUCGAUGAAGAGUAGAGUAAAUGAUGUGUUGUGA